CGCCAGCAUCCCAGACGGAAGCGCCGUGUUUAUCACCCCCCUCCACAGUUCUGGGAUAAACUCACUAAGCUGUGGUUGACCAAGAGCGCUUUGAGAGAAAACAACCGACGAAUUCUAUCUCUAUCCUCAAGCCGGACUUUCUUUGCCAAAUUCUACAUCUUUGCCCCUGACUUUUUGCGUAGUUGCCCCGCUACUUGUUUACAAGAGAUCAGAAGACUUUCCCGCUGCGGAGGUCCGGAUCUAUCGGAUCUUAGGCAUCAUCCCCUACCUCCCGACUUUCAUCAAGACUCUGUAGUUCCUACCAGCUCAGACUCAAGACGCCCCAACACAAUAUCCACUCAGACUUUGAUUGGAAACACCACAGUCUAUGACCCGCACUUCGAGGAUCAUCUACUCCAAAAUGGUAUCUUUAUGCCAUUAUCCAGAUAUCCAGAUGGUAGCAGACCAUCAAAACCGAAGAACCUUGCGCACAUUAGAAGAAGAAUACAGGCCCCUCGCCCCUCGUCAGCACUCCCCGAAAGCACGACUCUCGAUCAGGAGUACGAGGAUUUCCUCGAACUCAAUCACGAUGCUGCUGACGAGCAGGCUGUCAUUACAGAGGUCUUGCCGGUUCUCGAGGGCAAGCACCGGGCUCGUUCCCAGGUUGCGGGCGGGCACCCAUUCAAGAACCUGGCCCCCUUGACCGACGGCACGCUCGCCAGUGCGAAGCCUGAUCUAUACCACGGCGCACGACCCAAUCGGCUCGCGCCCGCCAUCCGGAAGCAGCUGCACAAACAGAUUCGCCCGUCAAGUCAGACGGAUCGUCCAGUGGCCCCGAACUUCUUCAUCGAGGCCAAGGGCCGUCAUGGAACGGCCCGGGCAGCCACGCGCCAGGCGUGCUAUGAUGGUGCGCUGGGAGCGCGCGCCAUGCAUUCCCUCCGGCUAUUCGGGGGUGUGGGCGACAGCGGAUAUGACGACAAGGCCUACACUAUCAUGUCGACAUAUCGUGCUGGAACCCUGAGGAUCUACGCGACUCACCCGACCAGGUCUAGCAGCCCCGACCGUCUCACUGACUAUGUGAUGACACAGAUCGGACGUUACUCGCUGAUCGGCAGUCCCGAAUCCUAUCGGCAAGGGCGGGACGCCUGCCGAAAUAGUAGAGACCUGGCUAAAGAUUACAGGAACGAGAUCAUCCGGCAAGCAAACGAACAAUAUGCGAGG